GACCACGACUUUGAGAUGCAGCCUCGUGGAGCUCCAGGGCCUGGACCCUCCUUCUCCCAAGGCCACCUGCUGGGACGCCCCGCCCACCCCUCAAAGCUCCCUGGAGGGGCAUCUCCUCUCAUCCCUGUCCUCAGGAAGACCGUCCGCUUGGAUGCCUUCUCGCCAAGCUACAUCCCACAGGCUCCCGGCCGGCCAGGUCUCGGAGCCCGGGCGCGGAGCGUGCUCCCGCAGGAGACGGACAACAGCCUCAUGCCCAGGAAGCUCAGCUCCAUCUCCUUAACGCUCCGGCCCAACAGCCAGGCCUGGGAGGAGGUGCCCACCCUGGGCAGGGAGGCUGCUACCCAUGGAAGAGGGAGGCUGCCCACUCCAGACUCACCGCCUCUGACCCUAGUGCCAGGGGGCAGGGUUCACUCUGAGGGCCCGGGGAACCCAGGUCUGGCCAAACCCAGCAGGAUGCCCGUGGUGAAGCGGCUGGUGAGUUCCCACCUGGCCCUACCUUUCCAACCCCGGCUGGCCCAGGACCCACCAGGCCCCGCAGGCCCAGGACCAGCGGGUCAGAGGCACCCUGGCCCAGUGGCUGCCCAAGUGCCUGCCAGAGCUUCCUCAGGAAGAGGCAGGCCCAGGUCCAGGGGUACCCUGAGACCCCGGCUGCAUCUCCAAAGGGCCAUCCCUACCGUGGCGCCGGCGAUGGCCAUGGAUUUGGCUACUCUGGACACAAUGAGAGGCACAAGCAGACAUUUAGCCACAAUGGCCACCAACAGACCCCGCCUGGCUGUCAACUCAGCCACAGCAAACACACCCAGACUGAACACAGGCACGGCGUUCCCUGCUCUGGAUGCCAAACUGGGCACAGCCACAGAAUUGGCCACAGCAGGCACAGCCAAGCAGGGCCUGGCCACGGACCUGGUAAUGCCAGACCCAGACAAGCUGGGCAAAGCCCUAGCCACAUCAGGCACAGCCAAGCCAUAUACAGCUACAGGGGCCACAGCCAAGGAUGUGGCAGCCCCAGGCCCGGUCAAGUUGGGCACAGCCAGGCCAGACAGAGUCCUGGCUUUGGACAGAGCCGAUCCAGCCAAGCGGGACAUAACUGCGGGGUCUCCUGUUUUGCACAAGAGCAGGCUGGGCAUAGGCAUGGGUUCGGCUGUGCCGGCCACCCUAAACCCGGCCAUUGGAGAGACCACACCCGACAGUGCCAUUAACCUGACCACGUCGGACACUGCCACCUGCCCAUCGAUGUCAAGCAGAAGCACAGACUCAGCCCUGGACCACACUGCGGCUUCUGUGGCCUCAGCAGCCCACCCUCCCGCCUUGGCAGGGCUCCCAGAGACCAGGACGGACGCAGCCAUGUCGGAGCUGGUGCCCGAGCCCAGGCCUAAGCCGGCAGUGCCCAUGAAGCCCGUCAGCAUCAACACCAACCUGCUGGGCUACAUCGGCAUCGACACCAUCAUCGAACAGAUGCGGAAGAAGACCAUGAAGACCGGGUUCGACUUCAACAUCAUGGUCGUCGGUCAGAGUGGACUGGGCAAGUCAACGCUGGUCAACACGCUCUUCAAAUCCCAAGUGAGCCGCAAGGCCUCCAGCUGGAACCGCGAGGAGAAGAUCCCCAAGACCGUGGAGAUCAAGGCUAUUGGGCACGUGAUAGAGGAGGGCGGUGUCAAAAUGAAGCUGACCGUCAUCGACACGCCUGGCUUUGGAGACCAGAUCAACAAUGAAAACUGCUGGGAGCCCAUUGAGAAGUACAUCAACGAGCAGUACGAGAAGUUCCUGAAGGAGGAGGUGAACAUCGCCAGGAAGAAACGCAUCCCGGACACUCGUGUCCACUGCUGCCUGUACUUCAUCUCCCCCACGGGACACUCCCUGCGACCCCUUGACCUGGAGUUCAUGAAACACCUCAGCAAAGUGGUGAACAUCAUCCCCGUCAUAGCCAAGGCUGACACCAUGACGCUGGAGGAGAAGUCCGAAUUCAAGCAGAGGGUUCGAAAGGAGCUUGAAGUACAUGGCAUUGAGUUCUACCCACAGAAGGAAUUUGAUGAAGAUUUGGAGGACAAGACGGAGAAUGACAAAAUCCGGCAGGAGAGCAUGCCCUUUGCCGUGGUGGGAAGUGACAAGGAAUACCAAGUGAAUGGCAAGCGGGUCCUCGGCAGGAAAACCCCCUGGGGCAUCAUUGAAGUGGAAAACCUCCACCACUGUGAGUUUGCCCUGCUUCGAGACUUUGUCAUCAGGACUCACCUCCAGGACCUCAAGGAAGUGACACACAACAUCCAUUAUGAGACCUACAGGGCCAAGCGGCUCAAUGACAACGGAGGCCUCCCUCCGGGAGAAGGCCUCCUGGGCUCUGUCCUUCCACCCGUGCCAGCCACCCCCUGCCCCACUGCUGAAUGAAGGCCAUUUCAAGCGCUGCUUCUCCCUCCAUUCCUCUCAGCUGUUAUUGCUGCGGGGCCAUGACCUUUUAAGGGCUGUGUUAGUCCAGUCCACCUCCACAUCCCUUCUCUCUCCCUGGCCCUCAGCAGGUGGGAGGGGCCAGCUGCUUUAGGACAGUCGCCUUCUCCAUUUAUCCAAACACCCCUCUCCUCCCAGUGGAAUGGAGCCCUCGCCAGCACUGCCCUCCUCCAUCGUCUGUGUCAGCUGGUCCCAGCCCAUCUGUAGGGUGAAAGAACUCGUCAAGAGCUUCUUCUGCCCUUGCAAACCCAUACCAGCUACUUGUUACCAUCUCCAAGGGACAUGGCAUUGCUCCCUGUCCAUCUGCAUGAGCUACUCUUGGCUUCCUUAAAGGGUCAAGAAAGCCAUUUUUCUGCUUUUCAGAUUCAUUGAUGUCAGCUGUGUGAGCCCUGGUGUGGGACAAGGGUGUCUCCUUCAUUGCUUAAAACUUAUUUAUAAGGAGGGGUCACUACAGAUGUGGGGGACUAAGGGCUAGGACCUCUCCUUUAAAAAGCACCACUUGUGGCUGGCCCAGAGUGUGGUUACACACCCUCCCCACCCCAUAAUCAGCCACUUAGGAAGAGUGGUUUUCCGAAGAGACAUUUCUGGGUUGACUCCCUUAUCCUCAACCUUAAAAAACAAAGGAACUAAACACAGACAAAAAAACUCCAGAUCCCCAGAAGAUGUGAACUCUAGGAAGAAAAAAAGCACCCAUCUGUCUACUUAGCAAUAAGAAGGAUCUCUUCCCACCCACAUUGACUAUUCCUACCCUCCCUCCCCAAUUAAUGUGAGUAAUGAAUCAGUCUGGCCACAGUUGGUCACUGUAGGCUAGUGGAAAAUACCCAAUGGAGGGCAAAGGCCCUUAUCAGAUGCAUGAAUGUUUGCGAAUGUCGGCUGCCACUGCCCCACACGCUGUGUCUUAUGGAAUCUCUCCCUGCCCACCCCUCCCCUUCUCCACCUGGACACAACUUGCUCAAAGGCUGGUGACUUGCGGGCCAUUCAUCUACAACCGAGUCCUGAUGGAGCAAGAGGCCCAAGCCUAGGGGAUGCAAGAACGACCCAUUUCUUAAAUGUGACUAGUGCCAGCCUACCUUUUGGUGACAUUAUGGUUAAAUUUCCCAACUGAAAACAAGCCAAUGACACUCAAACUGGUUGUGUAAAUGUUGCUAGACUUCAUGUGUUGUACAACUAAACAUUGCUGUUU